GCAAAUCAAUUAACAGGCAAUUUACCAUGCAAUUAUCGAGAUAUAUCGAUAAGGCCGGAAAGAGGGAAAUUCACUUUCAAUAAAAUUGGCAGCUACUGCCGCAAAGCCCUUCAGUUAGACGAAAUCUUUUCACCAAAGAACAACCAAAUCCGACUCCCAAGACUUAGAACAAGAAAUCUACGGAGAGAAACCAAAAUGCCAAAAUCAUCAACCUUGUGGAUAGCCUUUGUGAUGGCCCUGUCGCCAUGGUUUUGUGGCAUAGCCUUAGCCGAUGACUAUGCCGAAUGUGAGGGUAAAGACAAUCGUUAUAUUGCCAGCCCAAAGGGCUGUUCCAAUUACAUUUUCUGCUAUGGCCAUGACUCCUUUGAGGGUAAUUGUGAUGAGGAUGCUCCAUAUUUUUCCGAAGACGAACAGACAUGUGAUGUUAAUCCAGAGGUUUGUGCAAAUUUGGAGCUUACACAGUCCGGUGAGGAGGGGGGUGAUGCUGGCGCGGAAGGAAGUGAGGAGGAGUCGAAUCCAGAGGGACCUCAAGUGGAACCGAUUGCUCCCGUAGAACAGCCCUCAAAUGUGGCAACCCAAGCCCCAACCGCAACCUCAGCAGGCCCUUCACCAGCUCCAACAUUCUCACCGACGUCUUCCCCUCCUGGGCCAACCUUUGUACCCACAACCUUCAAGCCCUCUACAGGCAUAACUGGUACAUUUGCUCCUUCUACCGCAAAACCAGCUCCAACUGGCUCCAGCAUUUCAACACCCAUUGCCCUGCCCGAUGCCAAAUGCCCUGCCGUAGAUGAUCCCUCCAACCUGGUUUUCCUACAAAAUCCCAAAUCCUGUUCCGAUUAUUUUAUGUGCUAUCAUGGUGAACCCAUUGCCAUGCACUGUUCCCAUUCGCUGCAUUUCGAUAUCAAGACGCAUAAAUGUGAUUAUCCGGAAAAUGUCCAGUGUCAGCUACAUUUCUUCUCUCCCCGGGAAAAAUGCCAGGCCCAUACCGUCGAUGUUUUCCCCCAUCCCACCAAUUGUAAUUAUUAUUACAUGUGCCGUCUGGGCUAUCUCCUGGUGAUGCAGUGUCCCCCCAACAUGGAUUGGGAUUAUAAUCGCAAUGUUUGUGUGCUGCGUGGCCGGGCCAAUUGCUAUUCGAAUGUCAAUCGACAGAGCAAUAAUUGGAAUUUGUUUUUGAAUUAAAGGGGAAAUUUUUAAAAUAUUGAAAAAUAAAAAAAAAAUAGAAAUUUUUCGAAUCCAAGGACCAUUAACGAAGGACCAAAAACAAAACGU